AUGGACCCGGGAAAUCACUCGGGCGCAGCUCAGUUCCUGCUCCGGGGCCUCUCCGACGACCCCGCCCUGCAGCCGCUGCUCUUCGGGCUCUUCCUGGCCAUGUACCUGGCGGCCGUGCUGGGGAACCUGCUCCUCAUCCUGGCCGUCGGCGCCGACCCCCGCCUGCACACCCCCAUGUACUUCUUCCUCUGCAACCUGUCCCUGGCGGACAUCUGCUUCACCUCCACCACCGUCCCCAAGAUGCUGGUGAACCUCCAGACGCAGAGCAAGGCCAUCUCCUACGCGGGCUGCCUCGCUCAGGUGUAUUUCUUUUUUAUAUUUGCUGGAAUGGACAAUAUGCUCCUGACCGUGAUGGCCUACGACAGGUUCGUGGCCAUCUGCCACCCCCUGCACUACAUGGUCAUCAUGAGCCCCCGGAUCUGUGGCCUCCUGGUCUUGGUGUCCUGGGUCAUCAUUUUGUGGAUCUCCAUGUUCCACGUUCUGUUGGCCAUGAGACUGACAUUCUGUAUGGACACAGAGAUCCCGAACUUCUUUUGUGACUUAGCGCAGAUUCUCAAGGUGGCCUGCUCCGACACACUCGUCAAUAACAUCUGCUUGUAUGUGGCCACUGCUCUCCUGGGGGUGUUCCCGUUCACCGGGAUCCUCUUUUCUUACGUUCAAAUUGUCUCCUCUUUAAUAAGGAUGCCCUCAACUGGUGGCAAGCACAAAGCCUUCUCCACCUGUGGGUCCCACCUCUGUGUGGUCUCCCUGUUCUACGGGACAGCCCUGGGCGUCUACCUCACUUCUGCUGUGGCCCACGCCUCCAAGAGGAGCUUAAUUGCCUCACUGAUGUACACGGUGCUCACCCCCAUGCUGAACCCCUUCAUCUACAGCCUGAGGAACAAGGACGUGAAGGGGGCCCUGGAGGGGCUGUUCAGCAGGGUGACCGCUAGUCCCUGA